CACGGGUCAGGUCUGGGCUGGGCAGAAGGCCAGCCCCUGCGGGGGAAAGGAGUGGCCGAGCGGAGGUUGGUGCAGCGGCAACUGAGGACGGGGUCGGCCGUGGAGGGAGGCUCGCCGGCGGAUCAGUCGGAGCAAGGAGGCAGGGUAGACCAUGGAGGGAUUUUGCCUUGUGGUCGAUUCAGUUCGCCGUUCUCUCCUACUCGAGCCGCUGCAUCGUUCAACCUUUAGCUUUGAGUGUAAUUUGUUAUCGCUGCUUUGGAGCUGCGCAGGGGGCCGCCGCCAAGGACCUCCCGGAGAUCCUCUAUGGUGUCCUCCACGCCCCCCCGCGACGAGCGCAAGGACCAGGACGACGUCGCCGUCCAGUACCGCCGCGGCGGCCCCGGGGGCAAGAGCGGCAAAUGGCGCUGCGUCAGCGGCGGCAGGGCAGCCGCGGCUGAGGCCGCCAAGGCCCGGCGCGAGAAGGAGGCGGAGCAAACGCAGGCCAUGCUCGCGUGCUAUGACUCUGACGAGGCCUUCCGCAACCUCUAUGAUGGCGUCGCUAACCUCUUCGCCGGGCUGCUCAAGUUGGGCCUGGAGCACCUGUGCGUGGGCGACACGACCAAGAUCGGGUUCGCCGCCAAGUGAGGCCAUCGCGCGACUCGAGCCCCGAGUACCUCGCCAUCCCCCACAAGCACUAUGCCUGCCGCGUCUGCAACCGGCUCCGCCGCGAGGUCCAGGUGCCGCUCCUCAAGGUGCUCGAGCUUGCCGAGCUCUACAUGAGCGCCUGCAAGUGGGACGAGCUGCCCUACGCGCGCGUGGCGUCCACGGCCAUGCGCCAGUACAAGGAGGCGUCCUGGAUGUGCUUCUUUCUUCUUAUCAUGGGGUCAGCGACGGCGACCGGCACCCAGUAGGGCUGGCCGAGGAAGAGGGUGAGACGUGGGGAUUGAAGAAGGGUUCCAGGACUAUAUUGAUGCCAUCGUCAAGUCAUGUAGACUAAUUGUAGAACAAAUCUAUACUUUUGCUGGGACUAAAAGUGAAAAUGAUAAUUGGGACCAAAACUAUGCAUUUCUAGGAAAUAAUAAAUAUGCAAAAGGAUUAUCCACGGGAUGGAGCAGAGGCCGGCGUGGGCCGCAAGGAGCAGCAGGGGCAGAAUGGUGCUCGCUUGCCGGGCGUUGGCCCUCGGAUGAAUUCGACGCCUGAGUCGAGCUGACGAGCCCUAUGGUUUGCUAUCAAUCUCUCAAAAAGGAAAAGACAACAUUACUUUGUUCUUGGGAGAAACUUCCUGUAGAGUCGCUACCUUGACAGAGAUAAAUAUGCGAUCAAGGAUAUGUUUAGUGGUUUUUCAGGAAGAAACUUGGAGGAUAUUUUUGAAGGUUCAUCACUUGCUUUAUUGCUUUAUCAUGGCGUAUUCGUCCCUUAUGCAAGAAAGGGCCUUCUUCAUGUUUGCAGAUAGUUUGGUGCUCCCAUGGUUAUUUUGUCGAGAUUGUCCUUCUGUUCAUUAUUUGGGAACCAUCUCCUGCAUCUCAGCUACUGUCCAGCUGCUGCCCUUAUGGUGAUUGAUUAAUGGUGUAUGUUUUCCUAUUAGUUUCUCUGUAUGCCAAUGUCUGAAUUAUGUCUUGACGUUUUACAUUUCUCCAGGCCUUGGAUUCCCUGAGAUGCGCUAUUCAUAGGCAUGCACUUUCUAAUAAAAUUAUGGAAAUCAAUUUGAACAAGUAAUUUAUCUAGCUACAACAACCUAUUGUUUAUGUUCCUUGCUUUCGCAAAUAGUAGUUUAUAGUCUAUAUCUGCCAAAUAUUUACACAUUAGUUUAGCCACAAAGUAAGAUGUCAUACAUUAGUGAUGGGUUUGUUAUUCUGCUGUCGUUUCAUGUUGGUUAGCCAUGAUAAAUCUAAUUUCUAGAGUAGGUAGAUGAUCCGUGUCAGGUUUCUUUUAGAGAUCGAAAUAUGGUUCGACUCUGAAAUAAGUAGUAUGGCGUCCAGUUCGGCAUAGGUAGUAGAAAGCAUACUAAUCCCAUUUACAUACUAUGCAAAACUGGAAGGCCUUCUAAAGCUCUGAAACUACUAUUUGUUGUGUAAUAUGUAUCCCCUUUUCAUACUUUGUAUAUGCUCUCUACUUAGUAGGCAAAAGUACAUGAGAACGAUGGCCUACAGGAUGUGAAUUGCACUAAAAUAUAUGCAGGUUUUGUGCCAGUUAGAAACUCGAGGUCCAAAACUCAAGGAUGAUGGCCCAAAACUCGAGGACUCUAUAUUCAGAAACUACACAUGUUUCUGAAUAUUGACUUGAGUUU